GCCAACCAGAGCCGUUAUACGCAUGUAUACAUGUGUUCCCAUGAAGUACCAUUCACUCAUCUUCACCACACCUGUCAUCAAGUAAGUCAGCAUCAUCAAUCAAAACUCCAGGUAUCCAUACGCGCGGCACAUACAUGGAUGGCUCCAGCAAGGAGCAUGCAUGGAGAUACAGUCACAACACGGUGCCGGCCAGUCGGCCCGCCCACCGGUCAGGCCGGCAGUUGAUCGAACAAACACACAGCCAGCCAGAGUGUCUCCCUCCCUCCCUCCCUCCCUCUUUUUGUCCGUCUGUCGUCCAUCUAUGGAGUGUGCCCGUCGGCCAUCGACUAGCUAUGUACACGCCCGCCGUCCGUUGGCUAUCUGCGCCUGUCGCUGUGUGUGUCUUGCUUGAUGGCUCAGCGGCUCUUCUCGAAGCCAGCCAUGAGGAACCUCCACUGCCCCCAAGUCAACAGGCCGUCCUUCUUGUUCCCCCAAUCCCUGCCGCCCUCCGUGCCUGAGGAAGUCAAUGGACGGAUGGACAGAACGCACCCUGAGUGACUGUAAGCCGUUUGUGCGUUCGGUGCGGACAUGUCUGUUCAUGUACGUACCUGACGAGGUGGACAUGGUGAGUCCGGCCAUCCGAUCCGUCAGGGCCUUCUCCCUGCAUGCACCAUAGACGCACACACGACACGCAUUAAUUAGAGGGGAACGCGCCCACACAAUGUGGCCAUUCGUGUGCGUACUCGUCCGGGUGAUACGGCGCCUUGGCGUCCACAACGAACCCAGCGCCCUGCACAUACAACACACACAACACAAUGCGACUGACUCAUCAGACAGACACACGCAGCGCAGCGAGGUGGAUGGGUGGAGGCUGAGUGCCUACGUCCGUGCAGUACGCGUGACCUGACAAGGACAACACACACAGAAUGGGUGGACGGAUCGGAUGCCGCCCUCCCUCUUUCAUUCUUUCGUUUCGCCAACUCACCGUCAGCGAUGCCCUUUGGUGCCUUGCCGUCCGACGCCUCGAACUUGGCGCCACACUCCUCAGCCGUCUUGCACACGCCAACGGACUGAGACUGCGCCGCCAUCUCAACUGAAGCUCGGCUGACGGCAACAGAGCACAUCAACGCACCAUGGGCCGAUGCACCGCCAUGCAUUCCAGUGCCUCACCUGUCGUUUGAGGUCCUCAGCGGCUCGUGGUGCUACUUGUCCGGCCGUAGAGUGCUCUUGCCGGCAGAAUGCAAUGGCCUGCUCUGCCAAACGUCGGAUGCAGACACGAUAAGCGAUGUCAGCAACGUCGAAUCCGAUGAGAACCGAUUUGCUGAGGGGAAACGUUCUGUCGCGAGCAUGCAAGCUCGCAAAAUGGUCCGUUUGGGGGUAAUGUCCUCGGGUUCCAACGAAUGAGUGACUUAUCCGCAAUCGCAUUGAUGCAUUGCACCCGCUCCAUCUACAAUCGUCAUUGCAAACGGCCCGCCUGCCUCUCUACCCACCGACCGCCGCCCUUAGAUCGAACACACGGCCCCUCUCAUGCCCCUGCCUCUGUCUCAGAUCCAACACACGAGCACUGACGUCCUUAGCCACAUCCUGCUGCCUCAGAUCCAGUGCAGCAUCAGCCCCGGAAGGGUCCCCAUUGGCAACAAGAUAACGCCGGUCCGGCCUCUCGGGCCGCCUCCCUAGCUGCUGAAACACCUGCAGCUGUGCCAGGAUGGCAUCCCUCUCCUCCCGCGUCAGAUGUGCGCGGCACGAGGGACACACAAGCACGCCGUCGAGGUGGUCCUGGACCACUGCAUCGUCGCCCAUGUCGAUCUGCAGCUGAUCGAUGACGUCCUCGUACCACUCAGCGUUGUCCUCUGUCAGCUCAACCAGCUCGGCUGAGAGAAUGGAUGACAAGGAACACGAAACAGACGCGCGGAUAUGUGGAUGUGUGGAUGUGUGGAUGCGUGGAUUGGGGUUGCUUACGGUUGUUGCAUCGGAGGCAUCUAGAGAGGGGUCUGUGUGUCCAGUUGAGCCUCAGGUGCUGGUUGAUCUCGUUGACAUCACCCUCCAGCGUGUUGAAGCGCAGCGACUGCACCGUCCUGUCAGCCCAGCCAUCGACAAAUACCUGACACCACAACACACCACAGCAACAACCACAGAGUCGAUGAAUGGAAAGAUGCGUCCAUCGUACGGUCUAACCUGUUUGUAUCUGAGGGCCCUGAGUGGCGUGGCUGGGUCGAGUGCGGCGGCGAUGCGCCGUGCCAUCUCACUCCGCAGCCGAUAGGCAAGGGGAGGCUUCGACAGCACCACACGACGUGACCCUUUCUUGGUUGCCGCAUCCAACAUGCGCCGGGGACUGAUCGAUUGAUGUCCACACAGCAAUGGCACAUACACACAGAGGGGAGACACACGUUGCAUAUCGAUGGCACCCACCUUCUGUAUGGGUCAUCCAGUCUAUUGGUGGCCUCGAUGACGUCAUAGCCGGCAGCACGCAACCAUUUGCCCAGUUCCUGAAAGAAAGACACGAAGCAAAUCGGUCGGUCAUUCCCCACUCGUCAUGACGUGCUAAUGUGUACCUCCUUCGCCGCAUCUGCGUCGACCAGUAGCCGCAGACUGUCAGGAUUCACACUUGAGGGCGACCGCAUCCUCUUCAGCGGCACAAAUGGGGGCAUCCCCUCGCCAGUCCACUUAUCGCCCUCGUCACCGUUCCCCCUGCUCGAGUGCAGCAUCGCGGCGGUGUCGUAGCUCUGCGCUCCCGGCGGCACCCCCACCAGCAUCGCCUCGCCCGUGUCUUUCUCGGUGAAGAACUCGCCGUGACAGUUGAGCAAGGCCGAUGCGGCCUGCCCGUCCGUCAGAGUCAGCUGGGUGAAGGUGCCGUAGCGAUCGAUGGGCGCGCCGUCAGACCGCCGCUUGUUCGCCCCCUCUGUGCGUUGCAGCUCAAUCGACGUGAUGCGCGCCGGAUCGACGCCCUUGCUCUCGCAGAAGUCCCUUAGGUCCAUCUCAGUUACCCAUGACGGCAGCUUGCCCAUGUAGAUGCGCGAAGGGGCAGCGGGGAGGGAGGGGAGGGGGGAGGCAGUGUCUGGAUGUGAGGAAAACGGGUCCAUUUCUGCCACAAGGUUCCAUCUGUGUCUGUAGGGGGCCGUCCGUAGCCGUCUGUCGUCUUGCUCGACCAUCAUCUGCCCGCUGAGGAUCUCUCUGGCCUGCUUGGCGCUCUCGUGAUCGUCAAAUCGCAGGUAGCCUCGCCCGAUGUGUCGUGUGGAACAUGUCCGCGGCAGCCUUAUCUCCCGCACUCCCCGCACCUUGACCAGAGCCAGCCACCCCCUCACGUCGUCCAUCAGCGCCUUGAAGGGCAGCCCCACAACAGUCACGGCCGCAUCCUCGUCGUGGUAUGCGUCAAGACGGACGGGCUCGGUCGCGUGGGGGAGGACAAUCUGGUUGUCGAAGAGCAGCGCCCGCUCCCUCUCGAGCAUGGUCGGGAAGUGCAGCAGGGCAGUGGACGGGGAGAGGGGCGUGACAGAGGUGAGGUUGAGGCCCAGCUCGGUGCGCAAGAUUUCGGACAAGGCUUCCUGGGAGUCGGUGUCAGGGAGGCCUGCUGCAAGGGCCGUGAAGUCAUCUCCUUCGCCCCAGAAGAACGGCACACGGGUGCGCUUCAUCUGCUCAUCAGCAAGGUCCUCAAGCUCUAACUCCUCAUCGCCGAUAGCCUCGCUCUCCACGUCGCCCUCCUCGUCAGCCAUUUCACCAUCACCUUCGCCUUCAUCUUGCUGGCGGUCUUCUGUCGGCUCAACGUCCCGCAUCCGCCGGACCGUCGCCAAGAACUCAGGCAGCGGCUCUUCGUCGCCGUCACCAUCGCCCUGCUGCUUCUUCUCCCUGGCAAGCUCCUUCUUCAGCAGAUCACCCAGCCGUGCCUUUGCCUUCAGCCGAGAGCGCCUGGGGAGUGCUGCCACGCGUGGCUUAGUGGGCAGCAGAGGGGCAGGAAAGAUGAAUGCCGAUGAGGGGAGGGCAAGGGCGGCAACAGAGAGGACCAUCGUCACCGCCAGCGGAAGCGCGAGAGAUGUCACCAGCAUCUCGACGACGGAUCUUCGCAUUCACUCAUGAUCUUGGUAGAACAGCAGCAAAGACAGACCGCAGAGCUCUGGG